AGAGAGAGAUAGAGACAGAGACAGAGAGAGAGAGAGAGACAGAGAGAGAGACAGAGAGAGAGAGAGAGAGAGAGAGAGAGAGAGAGAGAGAGAGAGAGACAGAGACAGAGACAGACACAGAGACAGAGACAGAGACAGAGACAGAGACAGAGACAGAGAGACAGAGACAGAGGGAGACAGAGAGAGACAGAGAGAGAGAGAGACAGAGAGAGAGAGAGACAGAGAGAGAGAGAGAGAGAGAGAGAGAGAGACAGACAGACAGAGCUAGGAUUUGUGAUGAUAGAGCUCCUUCAGUCUAUUCAAUCGCCGACCACCUGAUCGAUUCACUUCAGGAAAUAAAACUUUUUCACACUGAUAGACAAUCUUUGAUCUCUUCAUUGGCAGACUUGCCUAAUCAACCCUUCAAACUACAAUCCAGAUUGUACUCUCGCCACCUUGACACUCAAUUUCAGACCUUCCUGAAAGGCUGUUCAUCUGAAUAUGAUAAGGCAAGAGUCAUUAGCUGCGGUGGGCCUAUUGCUGGGAGCUGGCUGGACGUUAUACCAAAUACGCAGGAAUUCACUAUGAGUAACAUGGAUUUCCGUGUUGCUUCUUUGUUGCGACUUGGUGCUCCUCUGCCAGAAUUACAAGCGUUAGACAACUGCAUUCCUCAAUGUAAACAACCUCUUGACAGUAGUGGCUACCACAUACUAACGUGUAAAUGGGGAGGGGGAAUCAUUCGACGCCAUGAUCACAUUGCAGAUUGUUUAUACAAAAUGCUUACCUCUGUUGGAUAUCGAUGCAGAAAGGAGUUGCCAGAUCAAUUCGAUGGAAAACAAAGACCAGAUGUUGCUGUCUAUGACUAUAAAGAUGGAAAAAAACUUCUACUUGACGUUACCAUUGCUCAUCCUGCAGCUAGGAAGUACAUCUCUAAAAGUCAUUCAGUAGCAGGCUUUGCUGCUACAGAGAGAGAAAAGCAAAAGAACACAAAGUAUCUUUCUAAAUCUAGAGAGUUGGGGUAUCUUUUCAAACCGUUUGCAAUGGAAGUAUUUGGCCGAUGGAGUGAUUCAGCCCAAAAUUUUUUAUCGGAAACAUCAAAGUUCGCAGCUUCAUCUUUACAAAUAUCCAGCGCUGAGUUCCUCCACAUGUGGCGCCGACGCUUUGCCACGUGUCUUCAAAAAGAAAACGUUUCCAUCAUGUCAGAAAAGAUGAAAUCGCUUGUCCCAAAGACCACUGUGGAUGCCAACUUUCGUCAGAAGCAGCCUGUCAGAUGCUUUGGACUUGACUUUAGUUAAUUAAAGUAAUUACCAUAGUGCAUGCUUAGUUAGAAUCUUAUGUAGUUCGUAAUCUAUGUAGAGUUCUUCUUUAGUCAUAGUUUCGUUUUAGUUCAGUUGAACUG